GCCAAGGAGAAAUAACUUCACAAAUAAUCAUGUCCGACAGAUCGAGAGUGAAAGCCACAGUUUAUGUUGGCGGACUGGACAACAGCGUCACCGCCGAGACUCUGCAUGCCGCUUUCAUUCCCUUUGGCGACAUCACGGACAUCUCUUUACCAAAACCAGAGUUGGCCUCGUCAACGGAUCCGCAUCGCGGCUUUGGAUAUGUUGAGUUCGAGGCCGAAGAGGACGCCAAAGAGGCGAUUGAUAAUAUGGAUCAGAGUGAACUUUACGGACGGGUCAUCAAAGUUGCUCCGGCAAAGCCACAAAAGGAUCAAAACGAGGGGCUAGGCAGUAAAACAGCCAUCUGGGAGCAGGAAGGCUAUCUGGCCAAGCAUGCGGUCAGCGAAGAGGACCGGGUGGCAGCAAGUCACCAGAAUGGGUUUAUAGAUCCUAUGCAAGGGCUUGAAGGACUUGACAUUGCGGGUCCGAAACCAGAAUGAAGAAUGAAAGGUCAAGUUCAUGUGUGUUGUUUGUUAUUGCCGGGGCGUCAACAUUUUGAGAGAUGCUAUUUACACGAAGCUUUGUCUACAAUUUCUCGGAUGAAUCCACCGGUCCAUCACAAAUCAGCGGAGGACACUUAGUCGUGCCCAGAAUUACCCUGCCUACUGAGGCGUAGAGUUCGGUCAGUGUAGAAUUUGCGAAUGGAGGAGUAGAUGGCGAUGGUGAUGGCGAAGCUGAGUGGUAAGUCGGUUAGAACUGGGGCCGACAGGCGAAGGGCUUCUUAGAGGGGCAUACCCGAGGACAACACCUACAGUGUACAAGUUAGCCAUCACCUUGUAUGGCAGCGCAAUAUGUGUUGCAUACCAAGUGGGAUCAAUUCUGGAGGAAUCUUCUUCAAGCUUCGAAGGCGUUGUGAGAUAGUGUGAGCUAUAACGUGACGCAAUGUCAGUAGUUGACACUUUGAAGCUCAUCAGCAGAUCAAAAGCGUGCGCAUACCGCUGUGCUCUUCUUUCUAC